GGAGCGAGGGUUGCCAUAGCAGCAGCGUAGGGGCAAUAGCCAAUGGGGAAGGGUGGCAUUGACAGCGGGCUGCUCAGGACCGGAGCUUCCCUAACGGCACCGGCCGCCGGGAUGGCCUCCAGCUUUAAGAAGCCCUCGCUGGGAGCCACGUCCCAGAGGAAGAAAGCCAGUGCCAAGCUGGAGCUCACGGAGGACCAGAAGCAGGAGAUCCGCGAGGCUUUCGACCUGUUUGACACAGACGGCACCGGCAGCAUAGAUGUCAAGGAGUUAAAGGUAGCCAUGAGAGCUCUAGGGUUUGAACCAAAAAAAGAAGAGAUCAAGAAAAUGAUAUCAGAUAUUGAUAAGGAAGGAACAGGAAAAAUCAGUUUCAAUGACUUCUGGGUGGUGAUGACACAGAAAAUGGCUGAAAAAGAUUCCAAGGAGGAGAUUCUCAAAGCUUUCAAACUCUUUGAUGAUGAUGAAACUGGCAAAAUCUCUUUCAAAAACCUCAAACGUGUAGCCAAAGAACUGGGGGAAAAUCUCACAGACGAAGAGCUGCAGGAAAUGAUUGAUGAAGCAGAUAGAGAUGGGGAUGGGGAAGUGAAUGAGCAAGAAUUCUUGCGGAUCAUGAAGAAGACCAGCCUUUACUGAAACUGAAUUUUAUUUAUUUUUGCACAUGUGCAUAUACAUUUGGUAGGUGUCCCACUUUUUUCCAGUCUUUUAUUUCUUUUGAGACAACAAAUAAGUUAGAUCAAUAUUUUUUGAUGAUCUUAAAUUUAUGUCUGUGUACAGUUACCAACUGCUGAACUGUUUAAAUGUAGAAACAUAGUUGCUAGUUUGUGCUUGUAAGAUUUAACAUUGUUAUGAUUUGGAUACACAAAUCACAUUUUCAGUGACAGUAUUCAGAUUCUUAUUUGACUAAAAACCAUGUGUCAAAUGCUUAUGGUUUGGUUAAGAGAGGUCUGAAAACCAUAUAGUGUAAAUCUGUAUUUCCCACCAGUUGAAGGGGUAUUUUGGUCUAAUGCCUUGGUUUGGACCCAGUUAUCAUAAAUUCUUUAUAUGAUGUAUUUGCAGGGAUCAGGUUUUUUUACUCUGUCUCAUGGAGAUUAUUCCCUUCCCCUUUUUUAAUAUGUUCUUUAAACUGAAAAAGUAAGUAGAUAGACUGGUACAACUUAAUUUACUGCUAUUCAACUCACAAGUUUGAAGAAAUUUCUGCAAAAAAAAAAAAGGGGGGGGGGAAGUUACCAGUUCUGGUGAUUAGAGCUCUGUAUGUUUGGGGGAAUACGGCUUCAAAUGUAGGCUUGUAUUUUAAAUAAAGUUUCUUAUUUUAAGCCA